UAGCGGCCGCGACAGUUGGUACCUGGCGAACGGCUGGAGAACGCCGACGUCAGUCUCGUGCCUUCGUUCAUCGCUGGCUGCGCGUUCAACGAUCACCACGCUCUGCCCGCGCCGGGACCAUCCGACCAGUCGCUUCUCCUCGUCUUCGUCCCUUCUUCCUUCCUCCUCUCUCCCCUAUAGGCGUCCUCCUCCGAUCCUCCUCGGUGUCUCCUUCGUUCUCCUCGCUCUUCAAGGUCACGUCUCGUGUUCCGCUCAACGUCCUCGCGUCUUCCUAGCCACCGCGCCAGCUGUUCGCCAGAACCUUCCUGAAGGAAUCCUCCUCUCUUCGUCCUCCUCGAAUUUACAGCUCUACUCUCAUUCUAAUCUCGUUCCCUUUCUUCAUUUAAUAUCCACGGGAAUCUUCGAUAGUCUUCAUACUUUAUUCAUCUCUUUAAGCUUUCCUUAGUUUCUCUUCGUUAUCCAAGCUCAUUUAUUCAAAUUCCUCAAUCUCUCUUCAGCUUCUUUAGCUACUUUGUUUCUAAACUCUUCGUUAUCCAAGCUAAUUUAUUCAAAUUCCUCAACUCCUCAAUUUCUCUUCAACUUCUCCAGCUACUUCUUUAAGCUUCCUUUGUUUCCAAACUCUUCGUUUCCAAGCUCAUUUAUCCAAACUCCUCGAUUCCUCAAUUCCUCUUCAGCUUCUCCAACUUCUUCCUCCUCUUCUCUUUUGUUCCAUCCUUCGAUCAGCGAUCAGGAACCUCCUCGAAAGUUCCCGCAUCGCUCGCAUCGUCUCCAUCUUCCCGUUCGCCGUGAACUCGCGCGAGUGCGUGCCCGCCUCCAGCGGUGGCUGGUCAGUGUCGGUUCGAUGUUCGGCUUGGGAAGCAGGAAGGUGCUCAAGUACUCGGCCAUCGACACGUCCCUCUCCAUCGACGUCGAGGACACCGUCACGUGUUUCUGCAGAAAAGCCCGACGAAAGGAGAAGGAUGCGGGGACUACAGAGGAUCCGAAAUUGUACCUCGAGGAGGCGGCCCUCGAAAGGCAGCUGCCCGAGCUGGACCUGAGGAUGCUGGUCGAUCUGCCGCCCGGUCUUGACUACAACGAGUGGCUGGCCUCUCACACCCUAGCACUGUUCGAUCACAUCAACCUCGUCUACGGGACGAUUUCCGAGUUCUGCACCAUGACGGGCUGCCCCGACAUGACCGGUCCCGGUUUAAGAACGUAUCUGUGGUUCGACGAGAAGGGGAAGAAAACGAGAGUGGCAGCGCCACAGUAUAUAGAUUAUGUUAUGACUUUUACACAACGCACCGUUAGCGACGAGACUAUAUUUCCUACGAAAUAUGCAAAUGAAUUUCCUAGCUCGUUCGAAUCGAUAGUGCGUAAGAUCCUGCGGCUACUGUACCACGUGGUGGCACACAUUUACCACUGCCACUUCAGAGAGGUAGCACUAUUGGGGUUGCACGCCCACCUCAAUUGUGUGUUCGCCCACCUCACGCUCCUUAAUCAACGCUUCAACCUUAUCGAUCCCAAGGAAACGGAGAUCUUGGGAGACUUAGAGGCUGCCCUCUUGGGUGACUCGACAUCAUCAUCUGCGCCUUCACAAACCUUAGCCAUCCAGGAGACUCCGACCACAGCCACCUAGAUCGCAAUGCACAGCAAGCCAGAGGUUGCAGUUCCUGAGACUAGGUGACGAUAGGCGUUUGUUUUCCACCGUGUUUUAUUUUUUUUCUCUAUUUCCCUCCCUCUAUUUCUCUCUCUUUUUCUCUUUCCUCUUCUCCUCCACUUUUUUUCUCUCUCUCUCUCUCUCUCUUUCUUUUUUUUAAAGAAAAAG